AUGGCGGAGGUAGAGGACGUCUCGGAUGAGCAGCAACAAAUCUCAGGUUCGCCUUGCGACGAAAUCGAUCCAGCAGAAAUUUUUGAAAACCAGGGAUGUUUGGGGGUUGAAAUAUUUCCUGCGGAUGACAGAGGAUCUGGCUCAGAGUUUGACUCUGAGCGCGAAGAGAUUGUUGAUUUGUCAUCUGAGAAUGAGCUUUCCGACAGUUUUCCAUACGGGGUAACUCCGCCGAGAAAUAUAAGAAGACGCAAAGAGAAGUCAAGAAGAGAAAAAGAUAAAGUGAUCUCUCUCCUUAAAAGUCCUGUAACUCGUUCAUAUGGAUCUAAUCCUUCGGAAAGAACAGAGCUGGACAGACGGAAAAAGCGGGGUUCUACUCAGCUGACAACUGAACGAGCUUUCCAGAGACAACUCAAGCGAGGCAGUGUUGAUGUUGGGUUUGUCAGUGUUGAAAGUGGUGUCCAUUCGUCAGACACUUCAAAGUCUUUAGAUAUGCCCAGCAUCAAGAUCGAAACCUCAAGUCCAUUCAUGUCCUUGGACUGCGUUUGCGAAGAUUCUUCCGAUACUUCAGGCAUAUAUAUGCGUGCCAGUACUGUCACGGAAUCUGGUGCCAUUACUCGAAGAAACGCCGGAGGACACAAGAAAGCAUCUCGCUCAGAAUCUGCUCCUCAUAGUUCUUCUACAUCUAAAAAUUUUCUCAAUCCCUAUUGUCCAGAGGCGAGAAUGGAGUUCUAUAGAACAUUUUCUCUUUUGAUCAAACUAGGCUCAUUGGCUCAUAAACAGCAAGAAAGACAGUAUGGAGUUGAUAACAGUGCUCUUGAGAGGCAAAGUUCAGAAGAAAAUAAAAAAUGGCAAGUGGCAUUGUCACAAGCACUUUGGCUUGAACUGCAGGCUUGGCAUGCAAACCGAACCAUGGCAGAACAAGAUCAGUAUUUAGUUCAAGCUCGUGCUAAUGUGGAAGAGGUGCUAGAUGAGGUUAUAAAUUUUAAAGUUAAGAAACAAGAUGGGGACAGUCAGACUUUGAAUGAAGAAACUGAGAAAAACAAUUGUGAAAACAAUCAAGAUGCAAAAGGAGAUUCUGGUGUUCUUGAUACUGAUGGAACUGUCUGUAGUACCAAUGAUGAUUUGCCUACUUCAACACAGUCAUCACAUUCAGUUGACCCUUCAGUGCACAAUUCUUAUACAGCAGAUCAAGAAAAUUUUUUUCAGACUUUGGAGACAUCUGACACAGAACAUUGUGUAAAUGAAAACAGUGAGCUUUCUUCUACUGAGACAGAUAGCUUUAAAAAUGACCUUGACAGAGAUGCGCCAGAUUACAAAGCUUUACGAAGCAGACUUUCACUAGAUUUUAAUCAUAGAAACCAGAAACAGUGUCCCAGUGAAGCAAGAGAGGAUUGUUUCUCAGAUAAAACAUACUGUCAGCUAAAAGCCGCCAUAGAUCAAGUUACAGAACUCUUUGACAAAUUGGAAAUGAUUGAGCAUCUUUAUCCCACUCGUAAGAACCUUGGAGAGCAAAAUGAAAAGUACACAAGCAAAGAUUUCACAAGGAACUUUGAAACAUUGUGUUUGUGGUUGAAUGUAACCAGAGAAUUAUACCACAAGCUACAUUCGAUUGCUAAGUUUGUUGGUGUGAAUCCAGAUGAUACAAAAGUUUGGCAAGAUUGGUUAGAUGUUGGUCUUGGAAGAUUGGAUAAUAUGUGCCCAGCCUCUGACUUGAAUCUUGAUGACAAUGAAACUUAUUUUUCAUUAUCUGAUGAUGAUAAUGAUGAUGAGGAAGAGGAGGUUGAGAGCAAUGAAGAUGAUGAUGAUGAUGCUGAUGAUACUGAACAGAAAAAUGGUACUGUUCCUUCGUCUCCAAUGAGAACAAUGUCAUAUGAGAGUCAGACAAGCACGCCUUCACGGCCAUCAAGAGCAAGUAGCAACUUGUCCAACUUCAAGUGGAGUUCAACAUCAAGGUACAGACCAUUUGUUGAUCACAGCAUCAAGAAGAUGGGGUUGAUAAAACUUGGGAAGAGAUUAGGAGACAUUCUGGACACUAGUAUGAUGAAGGCUAGACAAGCCCUGGUGCUUCCAAGCAACAAAUGCCAGGACAAUGAAUGCCAGUGUUGUAACCCUGUUAAAUUGGAGCACAGGAAGUGGUCUGUAAAUCAUUUGGAUGCACUCAUGAACGGAAAAGAAGAACCAAUUCAACUGUUCAGCUGUAGCUGUCAUCCUCAUAGAAGAGCAAUGCGCUGUGGGAGUGAGAAUUUUGAUCAUGGGAUUUGGGUGGAGGAGUUCAUUAAAGAAACUGGUCUGCCCUCCUUUCGAUUAUUGUACUUGUUUCUGGCACGAGUUCCAUUAGACAUCAUCCAUGAAUGUUUGCGUCUGAGGCUGCAGCAUCGGCCCAAGGGGGAGCCAUCAUCAUUGAGUGUGAGACAGCUUCUGCGAGAGUGUAAAGAUGUGCUGUUAGGUGGUGUUCUUGUGAAAGACUAUUACCUUGAUCUUGUGGGUGGAAUUUCAAAUUCAGAAGACUUAAACAAGGAAAACACAGAAAGUGACAUUGAAGGCUUUGAGCAGGAUCUUCAGAGUUUGCUGCUGGUUUAUUUUGAGUAUUUGCACAAUGUCAUCCACUUGGUCCAGAGGCUUCCUCAGGCAUCCAAAGGACUAAAAAACAUUCUUGAAGAAGAGUGGAGCUUUGUGAAGAAACAUUGCCGCCAUAUUAGAGGAGGAGAAGUGGAAGGAGGAACAAGAUUUUGUGUCAUGGCUUCAGGACUGCUUGAGUCAACUGGUGACUUUCUAGAGUCUGAGUUAGAUCAGAGUUGCUCAGAUCUUCACAACAACACUGAUCAUGGUGAAGAUCUCAGGAGGAAAGUGCUCGAAGCUUGCAGAGGUUUUAAACUUUUGUUUAAUGAAGCGAGAGAAAGGGCCUCUAAAGCCCUUGGUUUCACCAAGAAACUCCAGAAUGACCUUGAAAAUGCUGCAAAGUUUAGCAUUGAUGUACCCAUGAAUGAGCUUUUGAUGAGGCUAGAAGCUAGUGGACAUGUUCAGGUCAUAGUUAGACACACAGCUGGACUUUUUAUGUUUGUGCCAAAAACAAUGGUGAAGAAAAAAUGUCAAAUUAUCCACCUGUUGAAUUCUUGCUGUGUUCAUGAAGAACAUGGUGAUCAAGUUGUUUCGGAUGGUUCUGGAUAUCUCCUCAUUUUACCACCGUGUGCCUUAGAGAAUGGAAAUGAUGUGCCUGUAACAUGGAAUGGCAAGACGGUUGUGGUGAGCCCAACCAUGGAUACUGCUAUUAGUUUAGCAGACAUACAGGUUGGAGGUAUGAUUUUAGUGGUACAGAAUUCCAAAGACUUGGAUGAGCAGCGUGAAGUAUUUCUUGACAGCAUGAGUUAUUCUGUCAGCAUUGUAAAGCAAAGGACAUCCAGUCAUCAAGCUAUUGCAGAAGCACUUGAUGAAUUGCAGGAAGCCUGUCUGAGUCUCCGUGAGAAAAUUGUUAGUGCUGUUGAAAGAGUUGAUGAGAACUUGGAUCUUGAUAGCAUGUUUGAAAUGGAAGAGACAGAGAAGGCCAUGGUUUAUCACACCUACACAGAAACUAUGCACCUUUGUUACAAUGUUGGUUUUGAGUAUCAAAAAGAGGUGGCACGUUUAGUAUUUGGAGAGAGAAAGGACACUCUUGGGCAAAAAAUGCUGAAUUUUUCCAAGCAAUGGAUGAAGUUUGUAAUGUCAAAGUGCGAGAGAGGAAGAGGCACAAGACCAAGAUGGGCAAACCAAGGCCUUGACUUUCUUACAGUAGCAUGUGAUCCCAAGACAUUGAACACUUUAUCAGAGUCUGCAUUCCAGGAAUUGAAGAAAACGAUCAACGGUUGUAUUUGUCACGUGAUUGGAAGUGCAGAGAGCUGCAGUGGGGUCGCAAGUCCAGCAUACAGAUCUCAGAGUCCAGCUUGCCCAUCCCCAGUGUUUGGCAGAAGUGGUUCCACAGGAGGACUUCUGAGACCUCUGUCAUGGCCGGCAGGAAAGCCUUCCAAAUCCCCAGGAGACCCGGCGGAUUCUGAUGAAAAUCAGUCCACGCGACGGCAGCUGUCAGAUCCUCUGGCCAAGCCACAGUUCCAGAGUCUAGCAACAGACGUUAAUGGGAACGAUGGUGAAGGCGAGAAUGAAGAAGAAGGUGAAAAGGAUGGCAUUAAACAUAAGGAUAGCUUUGUGGCAGAGCCAGGCGCACCCCGGUUAGAAAAAGUUCGUCACUCCUUGAAUAAACUGGAAAGGAAGAGAAACGAUUAUCUAUAUGAAAAGCAUGUGAUUGGGCGAGUGAGCAACAGACGCCGUGAUAUAGUCAAGGAACUGGCUUGCAUUUCCAGCAGAAAAGUGCCAUUUAAGUGGCAGCGAGGAAAUAAAAUAGGUGAAGGCCAGUUUGGAAAAGUGUACGCUUGUGUUAAUCUGGAUACAGGUGAAAUGAUGGCUGUGAAACAGAUCAAAUUUCAACCGAACGAUCAUGGUGAAAUACGGGAUUUAGCGGAUGAAAUUAAGAACUUUGAAGGAAUACGACAUGAAAGUCUGGUGAAGUACUAUGGUGUUGAACUUCAUCGGGACGAGAUGUUCAUCUUUAUGGAAUACUGUGCGGACGGCACUAUAUCAGACGUUGCCAAACUUGGCCUCCCAGAAACAAUGAUCAGAGUGUAUGCUUACCAGAUUCUUGUUGCCGUCAGCGUGCUUCACGAAAAGGGUAUUGUGCACAGAGAUGUCAAAGGUGCCAACAUAUUUGUCUCGUCUGAUGGUGUUCUCAAGUUGGGGGACUUUGGUUCCUCUAUUAAGUUAAAGAAUCCUCUGCACACAAUCUAUGGAGAGAUAAGCAACAUACGAGGAACAGUGGCUUACAUGGCACCUGAGGUGAUAACACUGGAUAAAGGAGCAGGGUACGGAAGAGCGGCAGACAUCUGGAGCAUCGGAUGUGUAGUGGUUGAGAUGGCAACAGGAAAGCCUCCAUGGCCCGAUUGCGAUAACAACUUUGUGAUCAUGUUCAAAGUUGGCGAAGGAGCCACGCCUGCUAUCCCUGAGAGUUUAAGUGAAGAGGGACAGGAUUUUCUGCUCUGUUGUUUUCUGCAUGAUCCUUAUGAACGGCACACGGCCAGUCAGUUAAUGGACCAUUCGUUUGUCAAGGUAGAUCUCUAAAGUGCUGUUAAAGUUUCGCACAGAUUGGAGCUACUGAAGUGCUAGUGGAAACGUUCUGAACGAAUUUGUUCAAGUACUACCGACUUGGCAGUAAUUUAAUUCGUGGUUAAAGAAUCAUCGGAGGACUGAUUCUCGAUCCGCAAAGAUCAAAAGUUUGUCAAAGCUUGCGGGUCUCGCCCUUAUAGUUGCUAAGCAACUGUGAACUAUAGCGUUAAACCUAUCAGACAACGAUCGGAGAACUCGUCAGUACUUAUACUAGAGUUUGAUUGGUUUGUUAGAAUUGGAUAUUCUCCGUGAACAUAAAGAAGGCUAGGAAAAACGAGGCUAAUUGUCCCGAGUGAAGAGUUAAAAAAUAAACUAAAUUAUCACUUAAGUUAAUUAAAAUUAUAUCCAUUCAGAUUUGUAUUAAAACAAUGACUUUGUCCAGGCUAAUCCGGAUAAAUUUGAAAACAAAGAUUUUCCCUCGUAAACAAAGACAUUUUUUCCUGUCAUCCUAUUGUUUUUGUACCAUUUUGUGUACUGAGCGCCUUAAUGGAGAAAACUGAACCCGGUUUUAAAUUUAUCUGGACUAGUACAGACAGGGUUAAACAGUGUGUAAAAAUAUGGCAAUGGAUGUACGUUGCUAUGAAGUAUAUUUGAAGAAAAUCGCGCAUGUUGUUUCGAUGUAAACUUUGGAAGUAAUUGUUUUCGCUGUUAAUAAUUUUUUGAUUGCGAGAAUGAAAAUAUGAUACUUUUAAGCGGUGCAAGUGUUCAAAUAGAUUGGUAAAACCUCACCUGUCGUUUCAAAUAUCUAAACAAACUGCUCUUGAAUUUAUUCAAUUUUCACUGCAUGGAAUACUGAAGAAUUUACAUUAGAAUUUAUUUUGAAGUGUGGACUGAGAAUAAUAAACCAUUAAAAUGGUGAAUUACAGUGUUAGUAGAUAUCACACAAACUGAAUAACCAGCGCAUCAAAAGAUAACUUUA